AUGCGUGGAACAACAAAGCCGAUGCUCUUUUUGUGCUCCACAGCUGUGAGGCUAAAUUUUUUCCCACUGGGUCUAUCCGCUGGGCCACUGAAUUCUCACAUCCUUUUACCUCGGAAUAAUUUUGACGGUCGGACAACUCAUGGUAUGAAGAAGAUCCAAGGGCAAUCGAAAGACCCUCAGAUGGUCAUGUCUCGGGACGAGCUGAAGCUGCGAUGUGAGUACUGUCGCUUUGAAUGGAUCCACGAUACACUUUGUGUUCGCUGCCCCGCCCAGCCGUCUCAUGACCAACGUGAGAUGUGGCUGCAUAGCACAUGGAUGUGGGGAAAACAACAACCGUACAAAUAUUACAAAUACAUGCCCGCAGUGCGCAAUCCUAGGACAGGGAUGCCCAUGGCUCGCGAAGAUGCGCGCGGCAUGAAUAAUGAACGGCGUGGACAGGGACUCACCACACGGACACUUAACCUCGAAAAAGAAAGACGGGGUAUAUCUAGGGAUGUGAGCAGGAUUGGACAGUAUAACACACGGUGGAAAACUAGAUUUCCAUUUCCUACGUAA